CUUUCUAUGUUAUCUGACCUUCCUUUUGCUCGGUCAGAUACCAUAGAAAGUCACUCGUUUCGUAAAAAUGGUAUCUAACGAGAAUGAGUGUAGUAUUCUCUAUGUAUCUAAUAGCUUCCGCUUUGUACGUUUUCUUUGUAAACAAUCGCAACCGUUUUGCCGAUUACGCUUUGAAUACCAUCUAUUUCAGCACUCGCCGUAUCGCAUUUGCACAAUCGCGACCGUUUCGCUGAAUACGCUUUGAAUACCAUCUAUUUCAGCACUCGCCGUAUCGCAUUUAUUUCGUUCUACUCAGGACAUUUUACACUUGUGGAUUACCAACUCACCACCUCGACCUUCCGUGAUGCCUCCCAAGAGAGGAUCAGCCGUCAACCACAAGCUUGUGAGGGGAGCCAAGCAGGCCAGGACAACCAGGAGACAAACCCCGGGAGUACACAUUAUACAGGAGGCAACAGCUGAUGGUGAGUCUUCGAAUUACGGGAAUAUCGAAGGUGGCACGCCCAUGCUUCAUCCGAACAAUACAAUUAACAUGCAAUCGGCACAGCUCGUAAAUGCCGCACAGGUAUCUAACUCAGGUAAACGAGCAACUGGAAAAAAUAUGCUCACAACGAGGCUGAUGGUGACGCGGCUUGGCCAGCCAAUCAGAACACAAGAUACGGGGAUUCCCUAUCCUUCUGUGCGGAUGGAAUAGACGCACACGUCAAACAACAGGUGAGGGAGAAAAUCUGGCGUGCCGAGUUCGUCGACCUCGGCACAAUCCUACCAAACACCGAAGAAAGCCACGAGGAUGGUACAAUUACCAUGGCUUAUGAUUCCUCAGGUAAGAUAAUUUUUAAACCAAUAAAGCAGCAACCAAAGCGCCUGUCCCUGGCAAGCUGGACUUCAGCUUUCCACAUUUUCAUGUAUAUAUAUGUCAGUAGGCACUCCGAGGUACUCACAACCCAGGGGUUGCUGUCCUACAUGGAAACCAUAAGAACGGCUGCACUUCGAUUCUGGGGGGAUGCCUGGUUGACCUACGACCAACAAUUCCGACACAGAAUGUCAAGGGACCCCUCACGCCGCUGGGACAACAUUGACGGGGAGUUGUGGCUGAAGUACAUGGUCACACAGCCGGUACGACAAACAGAGUCAGGCGAACGGGGCGCAAUGACACAGGGGGACAUCGCCGGUAAGGUAUGCUGGGAUUUCAAUAAAUUUGGUUGUAGCAGGCCCAACUGUAAGUACACUCACAAAUGCAGUAAGUGUGGCAAAAAUUCCCACAUCUAUAGGACCUGCUUUCGAGGGAAUGGGGUCCAACAGACCCCAUACAAGCCCCAUCAACCUUUCCCUAACAGCAAACCAGCCGCCAAGAAAGGUACAUUCAAUGGCACCUUCCCCCGUGGAUCUCAAUGAAAUGGCACCCUGGUGACACCAAUAUGCUAAGGCCAAUUACAGAGAUGCAAAUUAUUUAUGGGUAGGUUUUAGCUUUGGUUUAAAGCUCGAGUUCCAGGGAAGCCUCACUGGUCGCCUGGCACAAAACUUGCGAUCAGCCACGCACCAGGACACUGCAGUCUACGUCAAACAAAAACUACAAAAGGAAGUUGACCUUGGCAGGAUGGCAAGCCCCUUCAAGGACACCCCCCUGGACAACCUCCAAGUAUCCCCAAUAGGCCUGGUGCCGAAGAAGCAGCCAGGCUAUGGGCAGCAUCUCGGUAAGCAUGCGGAGGAAUUCCGUCUAAUUCACCAUCUAUCCUAUCCCAGGGGUAAAUCUAUAAAUGACUUUAUAGACACAGAGGCCUGCUCCGUUGUGUAUGCCAAAUUUGAUGAAGCUACUCAUAUGGUUCAACAACUGGGAAAAGGAGCAUUACUAGCAAAAUUUGACAUUCAGUCCGCCUUUAGAAUUAUACCAGUCCACCCAUCCGAUUUCGAGCUACUAGGCAUCAGAUUCGAAGGUGAGUUCUAUUUUGAUAAAUGCUUACCAUUUGGCUGCUCCAUAUCUUGCGCCAUAUUUGAAACGUUUAGUAUCUUCUUGCAAUGGUGCAUGCAAUCACAUCUACCAACGUGUCAGAUCAUGCAUUACCUGGAUGACUUCCUAACGGGGGGCACAGCAGGCACCAGCCACUGCUCAGACAACCUCAAUGGAUGCGUGAAUACACUGGAACAGCUUUGGGUUACUAUUGCGCACGACAAGAUGGUGGGCUCCACGACCAAACUGACGUUCUUAGGGCUGGAAAUCGACACCAAUGCAAUGCAGAUCAGAAUCCCAGAGUCCAAGAUCAAGGAGGCGACAAGGGAAAUCCAAGAUAUCCUGUCAACAGGUAACAUCAAGGUCACAUCAAGGUCACAAAAAGGGCUCUUCAGUCCCUCAUAGGCAAGCUUAACUUUAUGUGCAGGGCUAUACCAAUGGCAAGGGUAUUCAGCAGAAGGCUAAUCGAUCUGCUUAGCAAAGGUAAGCAACCAUUUCACCACAUUAGGAUUACCAGCUGGGUCAAGGAAGACCUACAAAUGUAGUUAACAUUUCUCACGAGUUAAAAUGGCAUUUCAGUGUUUCAAGACUAACUAUGGGUAGACAGUGAUUUCCUCCAGCUUUUUUCAGACGCAGCGGGUGGGGCCGGCUUUGCGGCCUACAUGCAGGGCAAAUGGUUUAACGGCGCAUGGCCAACCCAGUGGGUGACGGAUGGAACUACAUGGGACUUGACACCCCUGGAGCUGUUCCCCAUUCUUGCAAACAAAAAGGUCCUCUUCUUCUGUGACAACCAAGCUGUCAGAGCAAUAAUCAACAAACAGUCUACCAAGGCCCCCAGAGUGAUGAGCUAACUCCACCACCUAAUCCUGCAGUGCCUCCGAUAUAAUAUUCUGUUUAAGGCAAAGUAUGACUGUUCCACUGCUAACACUAUUGCCGAUGCUCUCUCAAGGUUUCAGCUCAAACGCUUCCGAGAGGGAGCACCAUCCGCGGACCAGAACCCCACACCUAUCCCGUGCAACAUAUGGCUGAUCUGAGGCAGGAAGCCAGUAGACUCCUACAACAAUCUCUGUCUACAAACACAUGGGUCACUUACCAAACAGGCAUCUAUGCCUUACACCAGUUCCGGUCCACAUGACAGCUACAAGAGGUGUGGCCAGUCCCGCUGGAUCAGUGGGUAUUCAGGACACUCAUUUCGGAUCGGUGUGGCCACAACGUCAGCUGAAGUUCGUCCAGAGGACCACCUUAUCAAGACUCUAGGACAGUGGACCUCUGACUGCUUCACUCGGUAUAUCCGAACACCCGAAGCUACCUUGCACCAAGCCCAGAUCUCCGUAUGUACUGUGUGACAUGCAUAGACUUGACUUUCGACCUGAUGAGGUGCUAAUCAUCAGACAAUCAACAUGCCCUGUGUGUCAUGAGUUCAUAACCUGACUAUGUAUACUAUACUAGACUUUUAUCUGUCUACAUCUGAGAUCCUUCGUGCCAUAUAUAUUCGAUAUAUUAUUAGUUCAUAGCUGCGAUUGAUCGUAUGUUCUUAUUAAUUUUGCCAUCAUGUAUAUUAUAUUUCUAUGUUCCAUGUGCUAAGUUCUUGUUUCAUGGGUGCUUCAAUUUCAUUGGACAUACUUGCUUUUUGUUUUAUUCCAUAGUCUACCAUGUCAGUUUGUGUAUAUAUUCAAAUGGUUGUGAUGCAUCGUUCUAAUCUCCUAUGUUUAAUCAUGACAAUCAGUUGUGUGUGCCAUUUUAUUAGUGCCAAAUUGUCUCAGGACACUUCUGUACUGUCUAUUGUACCAAACUGUGUAGAGCACAAAAAAUGGACUACACUAUGUGGCAAGUGAGGAUACACUGUGCCUUAACUUUCAUACGCCUGCUACUGCCACCUGGGGCUCACUAGUGAUACAUACUAUAUGUGCAUGUGCACACAGGACUUGUGCUAUGAGACUUUGUUACAUUUCAUUACAUAUUAUUUUGCAAAUUCAGCCAUUUUCUAUCUAUAUUAACCUAUAUUAACCAUGUUUACCAACUAUUAUUCCUCAGGAGCACUCGGUUGCUACACAACCUCUUUUUUGGCGUAUGUAGCCCCCAACUCAUACCAUAUACCUCUCCCUAAAUUAACACCCAGAGUUCACGACCUCCAAGGGUACAUCUUUACUAAUACUGGGAUCCUAGACCCCAGAUUUAUCCACAACAGUACUCGGGUUGACGACCCACUAACAAGCUAUCAACCCAGGAUCCACGAUCCUCGGGGUACUCUUUCUCUAUAUCCUAUCACUCGGGUUUAUGACCCACUGUCAUCAGCAACCGAGGUAGCCCCCCCGUUGUCUCCAAUGUAAAUAAAUUAUGUUAUUAUA